GAUGAAGCGCAUGAGCACUUAGCAACUUCCGGUGUCUUCCGUUGAUGCUGUUAACUGCGUGUGGCGUGAGAUUCCAAGGUGUUGUAUGCGUACUGUAAUUAAGCAUGGGCAAACCUAAGAGAAAGCAACAAGAAGAUGAUAUUGAAGAUGAUGUGACUUCCGAUUUGGCCUCUAUGACUUUAUCAAAUGAUAAUGGCAUUGAUGCUUCUAAUGCAAAAUCAGAAAAGAAAUCCAAGAAAGUUAUUGUGGAAGAAUCUUCUGAUUCUGACAAAGAAGAUGACCAAGUACAAUCAAAGAAAGAAAAGAAAAAAAAGAGUAAAGCUGUUGCAUCUUUUAAUCUGUUGAAUAUGUUAGAUGACGACUCAAACAGUGACAGAAAGGAUUCGGAUGAUGAAACAAAUGAUAUUGUUCUUGAAACUGUUACACAAAGUAAACAAUCUAAAAAAGUAAAAGACAAAAAGAAGAAAAAAGGCAAAUUAGAACAGGAGUAUGAUGAUAUUGAUGCUAUUUUAGCUGAUAUUGAAAAAGUAUCUGAAAAAAAACAACCAAAAAGCAAAAAAGACAAAAAAAAAUCUUCUGCUAGUACAGAAGCAAAUGUUUCAGAAGUGAAAAAGAGCGAAGAAGUGAAAAAGAGCGAAGAAGUGAAAAAGAGCGAAGAAGUGAAAAAGAGCGAAGAAGUGAAAAAGAGCGAAGAAGUGAAAAAGAAUGAAGAAGUGAAAAAGAACGAAGAAGUGAAAGAUGAAGUCAAUGAAGAUUUAAAACUAAAAGCUGCUGCUCAGAAAAAGAAAGAGAAAAAGGAACGUGAAAAAUUGAAAAAACAACAGGACAAACAAAAGGAUUCAGAUAUGCAAGAUAAAGAAAAGAUAAUUGAGACUCAGCCAAAAGUAGUUGAAACUCCUGCAGAACAUCAUGUUGAUACAAAGCCUGAAGAUGAUGAUGAGACUUCUCGAGGAGGAAGUGCAGAACCUGAAACAAAUAAUAAGAAAAAGAAGAAGGUUAAAAAAGAAGAAGUUGUGGAAAAACCAAAAAAACCCAAAGGCCAGAUUGCAAAAAUAAAAGAAGCUUUGGAAAAAAUGAAAGAAGAAGAAGAAAGGUUACGAAGAGAAGAAGAGGAAAAAGAAAGAAUGCUUGCAGAAAUACAAAGAAAGAAAGAAGAACAAAAAUUGAUAGAAGAAGAAAGAAAAAGAAGGAAAAAACAAAAAGAGAAAGAAAAGAAAGAACAGUUGAAGGCUGAAGGAAAGUUGCUAACAGAAAAGCAGAAGCAUGAACGCAUGCGUGCACAACAAAUGCUGGACGCUAUGAGAAGCCAAGGUUUAGAGUUGCCUGUUAAAGAUGAAAGUGCUCCUAAGAAAAGGAUUGUUUAUACUGAUAAGAAGAAAAAAAGAACACAAAAUGAUGCUGAUUCAAAAAGAGAGGAUAGCAUUGUUUCUGAUGAGACAAAAACUGAUGAAAAGAGUAUUGUAACAGAAAUGAAACCUGUAGAAAUGAAGGAAGAAGUGAAAGAAAGCUGGGAUAUAAGUAGUGAUGAAGAAGAAUCAGAAACUGAUACUAAAACAAAAUUUGAUGAAGAUGACUCUUCUGAUGAGAAAGGCGAUGAUGAUGAUAGUCUUAAAGAUGAUAGUGACAUAGAGGACUAUACACCUAUUGAAAAAGCUCGGGAAAGAAUCUUAAAACGAAAAGAAGCUGCUGAGAAAAAACGAAGAGUUGAUGUACUUCGUGCUCCUGUUGUGUGUGUUCUGGGACAUGUUGAUACUGGGAAAACCAAGAUUUUAGAUAAGUUAAGGAGAACUAAUGUUCAAGAUGGUGAAGCUGGAGGUAUUACACAACAAAUUGGUGCUACUAAUGUUCCACAUGAUGCCCUUAAAGAAGCUACUAAAAUGGUGAAAGAAAAACCGCCUUUAAAGUUACCAGGUUUGUUGAUUAUAGAUACACCUGGUCAUGAAUCAUUUAGCAAUCUUCGGUCUCGAGGCUCUUCAUUGUGUGAUAUAGCAAUUCUUGUAGUAGAUAUUAUGCAUGGUCUUGAACCACAAACAAUUGAGUCCAUAAACCUGCUUAAAGCCAGAAAAACCCCUUUUGUUAUUGCAUUAAACAAGAUUGACAGAUUAUUUCAGUGGAAGACAUCACCACAAACUGAUGUUUCUGUUACAAUCAAAAAACAAAAUACUAACACUAAAGUAGAAUUUGAGGAACGAAGUAAAGAAAGUAUUCUUCAAAUUUCAGAACAGGGCCUUAAUGCUGCUCUCUUUUAUGAAAAUACAAAUGUUCGUGAAUAUAUAAAUGUUGUACCAACUUCAGCUCACACUGGUGAUGGAAUGGGUAAUUUGAUAGCAACAAUAUGUGAGCUAACUCAGAGCCUAUUGGCAAAACGGAUCUCCUAUAGUGAAGAAUUACAUGCAACCGUUAUGGAAGUGAAAGCUUUACCAGGCAUGGGAACCACUAUUGAUGUUAUUCUUGUUAAUGGCAAAUUAAAAGAAGGGGAUACAAUUGUUGUAGCUGGUACUGAGGGACCCAUUAUGACACAAAUCAGAGGCUUAUUGACACCAGAACCUAUGAAGGAGUUACGAGUCAAGGCUCAGUAUCAGCACCAUAAAGAAUUAAUGGCUGCUCAAGGUGUCAAAAUUAUGGCCAAGGAUUUAGAAAAGGCUCUUGCAGGGUUGCCUUUGUAUGUUGCAAAAGAUCAAGAUGAAAUUGACUAUUAUAAGUCAGAAGUAUCUAAUGCUUUAAAAGAAGUGCUUAGUGGAAUAAAACUUCAAGAACGGGGUGUCUUUGUACAAGCUUCAACUCUUGGUUCUAUGGAAGCAUUAUUGGAAUUUUUAAGGACUUCUAAAAUCCCUUAUGCUGGUAUAAACAUUGGGCCGAUCCACAAAAAAGAUAUAAUGAAAGCAUCUGUCAUGUUGGAGCAUGAUGAUCAAUAUGCUGUAAUCUUGGCUUUUGAUGUUAAGAUUGAGCGGGAUGCUCAGGAACUUGCUGACACAUUAGGUGUGCGGAUAUUUUCUGCAGACAUAAUUUAUCACUUGUUUGAUAAAUUUAUGACUUACAGAGAGGAAUUAAAAAAAAAGCGCCAGGGGGAAUUCCGACAUAUUGCUGUUUUUCCUUGCAAGUUACGUGUCAUGCCUGAAUACAUUUUCAAUUCUCGAGACCCUAUUGUUGUUGGUGUAUGUGUAGAAGCUGGCUUUGUCAAAGAAGGGACACCUUUGUGUGUGCCAUCCAAAGAGUUUGUGGAAAUUGGUCGUGUAAGUGGUAUAGAAAAUAACCACAAACAAGUUGAGGUUGCGAAAAAAGGGCAAGAAGUGUGUAUUAAAAUAGAACCAAUCCCUGGUGAAGCGCCAAAAAUGUUUGGACGACAUUUUGAUCAUACAGACAUGAUAAUGAGUAAAAUUUCCAGACAAUCCAUUGAUGUGGUAAAAGACUACUUUCGAGAUGAAAUGACCAAAAAUGAUUGGCAAUUGAUUGUUGAACUAAAGAAACUUUUUCAAAUUAUUUAGUUAUAUCUAAAGAAAAACUGUGAGCAUUUUUUUGAAAUAAUGUAACAACACUGCCUAAAAUGCUUUAUUUUAAGCUGAUUAUCUGAUUGUGAAUGCGUAUGUAUGCAUGCAUGUGUGCAUGUUUGUACAUGUGUGUUUGUGAUCUUUAAAAUGAUGUCUCUGCUGGCAACAGAAGUUGCUAAGAUCUCAAUAUUAUUGACCAUAGAAAUGGCAUCAAAUAACACUGAUUUUGAUUUCAUCAGAUAUCAACUCCAAAUAAAUGUAUAUAUUUCCCAUGUUUAACUUAACAGUCAUGUAAAAUUCAGUGGGAUCAUAUGUAAAUGAUGUUGCAAAUGGUCAUGGGAAGAAAAAUCUGCCAUAAAAUUGUUUUUGUUGAACUGGUUUGCCAUUGAACUUUUUACUGAAAAUAAAAUCCACCAAGCUAUUUAUGACUUGUUGAGAGAUGAUAAAACACAAUAAUUAUGUAUAAACUUAUGAAUAAAGAUAUUAGAUUUGGCAUUUGUA